GUGGGUGUAGAUAUUCGCCGUCACCACGUAAAGACGGGCAAGCGUACUGCCCCAAAGAGUGAGGAUCCAUACCUCCUCUUGUUGGUCCGUCUCUUCCGCUUCCUCGCUCGUCGUACAGACAGCCAAUUCAACAAGGUCGUUCUCAGACGUUUGUUUAUGUCUAAGAUGAACAAGCCACCACUUUCAAUCUCAAAGUUGGCCUACCUCUCUAAGAACUACCCUCAAGCCAAGCAAGGUGCUACCAUCGUCAACGUUGGCCCUGUCACUGACGACAACCGCCUCUUGGAAGUUCCAAAGAUGAGCAUCGCUGCACUCAGAUUCACAAAGACUGCACGCGCUCGUAUUGAAGCCGCAGGUGGUGAAUGCCUCACCCUUGACCAGCUCGCCCUUAGAGCUCCAACUGGCUCAAACGUCGUCCUUCUCCGUGGUAAGAAGACCGCUCGUGAGGCUAACCGUCACUUCGGUUUCGGUCCACACAAGCACAAGAAGCCAUACACCAUCUCAAAGGGCAGAAAGUUCGAGAACGCUCGUGGUAGACGUAAGUCACGUGCUUUCAAGGUAUGUUCGCAACUUCUACUCCCCGCACUUUUUCUGAUAAAAUUUUUUAGGUAUAAGCUAAGAUUUGGCUACUCCACUUAUGGCUUUUUUUGUACCGUCGAUUUACAAAUAUUAAAGCACCCAUCUUUCAUAUCUUUUGUGCCCUUUCGUGAGCAAGAGCGAGCGCUUUUGAUAAGCUACUAUCAUCUUCUUUGA